AUGUCGCGCCAGUUGACUGGUCGACAGAUCGACGGCAUAUGGCACACAUCCGUAGUCGUCUUUGGGAAGGAAGUGUUCUACGGCCAGGGUAUCAUGACAACACUGCCAGGCCAAUCACACCACGGUCGACCGCUCAAUAUAGAGGACAUGGGCACUACAGCGAUAGACGAGCAGACGUGGAACGAAUAUCUAGACGAAAUGCGCGAACACUAUACCGCUGACAAAUACCACCUUCUCGACUUCAACUGCAACUCGUUCACCAACGAUGCUGUCGGCUUCCUGACUGGAAACUCCAUACCGAGCUACAUCAAGGACCUUCCUAGCGAUUUCCUCAGCACCCCAUUCGGCGCUGCACUCAGGCCAACCAUCGACUCGAUGUUCCGCCGCCCAGUCCCAGGAGCUGCACCCAGUCCCGCACCUGCACCGCAACUGCCGCCCGCGGCCGCCGCGGCGACUCAGAACCCGGCGCUUGCAGCAUCUCUCUUGCAGGCUGUAGCCCAGAGAGCGGCGUCUUCGCCCUCAGGAACGAGCACACCCAGCACCCAGACCGUCGCUGCGCCCAUACAAAUCGCCAGCAACCCGGCAAGCUUCCACAAUAUCCUCGCCAGUCACCGGGUGUCCGUCGCGUUCUUCACAAGUGCGACUUGCGGGCCAUGUCGCGUUAUCGCACCCGUAUUCGAGGAGCUCGCGCGGGAGAAGACUUCCGGUGCAGGCGCGAGCGGCGCUGGAGGAAGCAAGGGCAAGAUUGCCUUUGUGAAAGUCGACCUUGGCGUGCUUUCCUCUCAGGCGGUUGCGUCGGAGUACUCCGUUCGCGCGACGCCUACGUUCAUAUUCUUCCUCGACGGACAGAAGCGCGGCGAGCUCAAGGGCAUCAACGGGCCCGAACUACGCACGCAGAUCGACCUCCUCUUGUACGAGGCGUUCCCACCCCAUCCGCACACCAAGCUGUCUCUCCCGGCCGUCGAGAAGGUGUCGCUUUCGCCCAUCCUCUUCGCGCAGAUACCGAAUCUGGGCGCUGUGAUGACGAAGCUCGAGUCCUUCAUCGCCUCAAAGCCGGAGUUAUCUUCCACGACGACGGAGUUGAAAGCGACCGUCCUCCCAUGGCUAUCCAAGGAGCCUCGCCCAUCAGCACCACCCACUGUGGCGACCGCUUUUGCACGCGCGACAGGCUCGCUCUCCUCUGGCCUUUCACCCGCCGAGCUCUUUCCUCUCCUGGACAUCUGGCGCGUAGCCAUCCUCGACACCUCCAUCGCUACAUCCACACAACAUGCCUUCAUCGCACUCCUCUCGCGCGUCGAAGCUGCGGCCGACGAACCGCCACGCGCCACGCUUCUCACGCUCCUGCGGCUGCUCGCGAACGCGCUCGGGGGAUCAGAGACCAGAGCACUGCUCAGGACAAAUGCGGCGGCGAAGCAGGCUGUAUUGCACUUGCUCGUGCGAAGCGUACUUCAUUCCGACAGACUCGUUCGCUCUGCAGCCGCCAGCGCAGCGUUUAACGCCGCUGCAUGGGUCCAGCGCGGGCGUGUAGCGCGCGUACGGGGGCAGAGCUCACCCGCAGACGGAGCGGGCGAAGGCGACGAGGACGGUGAAUGGGAUCUCGAGCUGCUUAGUGCGCUUGUUGAGGGGAUCAGAUCUGAGAGCGAGAGCGAGGACGUCGUACAUCGGCUUGCGGCGAGCGCGGCGCUGCUUGUUAGGUUGGCUCCGGAUGUCGAGGAGGUCAAGGGGCUGUGUGAGGUUCUGGGUGUUGGAGAGGUGGUGCAGGGGGUUGUCAAGGGAGAUGUGGUUAAGAAGAAGGACGUGAGGGAUCUUGUCAAUGAGCUGGGGACGUUGUGUGCUUAG